GUGUCACAGUUUGCUCCCUAUCGCAGACACAGCGCGAGGCGUGAACGAUUUCCGAGGAGGGCUCCAGCCUGAGGUGAGCGAGUCAGGGACAACCGGAAGUGAUUACACAGGAACUUCCUGUUGUCAGGAAGUUGCAGAGGGAGGCUGAGCUGGAGGAGUUAGGAUCGCUUCAGCACAUGAUCUUCACCGAUGCCCCUUGUUGGUCAGUCAUAUAAGACCAGGACGCCACCCGGGCCAAGUGGUGCCCAGAAGAUGUACAAAGACAGAGAUGAGAUACGAGAGCGAUUAAUCAACCUCACCCUGGAGAUCCUUUAUCUGCUGACCGGAGAGGAUUAUGGACCCAUGAAGAAAUCAGAUGAUCACGUGACAUCAAGCAACUGUCUACAUGUGUCCAAAGGAUGGACCAGGAGCCCCAUCAUGGAGCUUCCAUUUCCCUCCCUGACAUGCGAAAGGAGCAACAAAAAGAUUCUAGAAGUCGCCCAGAAGAUCAUUGAUCUGCUGACAGGAGAGGUUCCUAUAAGGUGUCAGGAUGUCACUGUCUAUUUCUCCAUGGAGGAGUGGGAGUAUAUAGAAGGACACAAGGAUCUCUACAAGGACAUCAUGAUGGAGAGCCGGCCGCCUCUCACAUCACCAGGUUCAAGUAGAGAUGACAAAGCCAAACCUACGUCUGAUUAUCUUGAAAAGAAACCCAUGGAAUGUGAAAAACAUCUACUACAGAACUCUGCAGAUUGUUCUAUGACUACAAUUACUCCUAUGGAGGAGGAAAUUGUGUCAAGUGAGGAACAUCUGCUGCACUUUGGUUCUUCUACACAAUCCAGUCACACGGGUCCCAUACUGACUCCUAUUAAGGACGAGGUCCUCUCACUGGAAAAAGGAGAAUGCUCCCCAAAUCCCAACACUUCUACACCCCCACAUCAGACACAAUGCCCUUCCACUCAGAUUAAGGAUCCCCUCUCACCUAGAAAACAUUUCCCAGACUCUUAUGUCUCCACACAUUUACAUCAGAUACAAUCUGCUGAGGUGAAGGACCAAUCCCUCUCACACAAAGGAGCUUCUGAAACAUCUACUCCCACUUAUCACAUUAAGGAAGAACACCUUUCAGGAGAUGAAGAAGAUUUCACAGUCACCACAUUUAUUGUGGAAGAUACACAGUGCACAUCUGAUAGCAAAGACUUGGGGGACAUUGAUCCAAGUCUUCAGACCCAAAGGAACGGAGUCAUCUGUUCUUUGUGCGGGAAGUCCUUUCGCUAUAAAGUAGAGCUUCUGGCCCAUCAUCGAGUCCACACGGGAGAGAAGCCGUUCCAGUGCUCUGAGUGUGCAAAGUGUUUUUCCUCCAAGUCCAACCUCAUCACCCACCGCCGGAGCCACACUGGGGAAAGACCUUACUCCUGUGAAGAGUGCGGGAAGUGUUUCAUCAGCAGCUCCAACCUCAUCAUCCACCGGAGGAUUCACACGGGGCAGAAGCCGUACUCCUGUUCGGUGUGCGGGAAGACCUUCAACAACAGUUCCUACCUCAGCCGGCACGAGAGAGCUCACAGCAAGGAGACAGAGUAUUCAUGUUCGGUGUGCGGGAAGUGCUUCAAGUACGGGACGUCCUUUGAGAAACACAAAAGGAGCCACGGGGAAAAUAAGCCAUUCUCCUGCCCCGAUUGUGGCAAGUGUUUUUCCCGAAGCUCUAUUCUCGCCGUCCACCAAAGGACUCACACAGGGGAAAGGCCAUUCACCUGCCAUGUUUGUGGGAAAGGCUUCGUUGUCCGGUCGCACCUCGUUGUCCAUGAGCGCAUCCACUCGGGAGAGAAGCCCUACUCUUGCUCGACCUGCGAGAAGUCUUUCGUGAGCUCCUCAGAGCUAAGGAUACACCAGAAAUAUCACAUGGAGGAGAAGCCAUUUUCCUGCCCCAUCUGUGGCAAAGGCUUCGUUUGCAAUUCGGCUCUGAUCCGGCAUGAGAGGGUUCACACGAGAGAGACUCCAUUUUCCUGCUCUGUGUGUGGAAGGAGUUACAGGAAUAAGUCAGACUUUCUCAAACAUUCGAGGACUCAUGGGGAUACCAUCAUGUUACAGGGAACAUGAAAAGCUUUUGUAGGCGAUGAAUCUUUCAACAACGUUCGUAAACCCCUUUGAGGAAAUCCCCUUGUUCUUUGAGUCUAACUUCACCAACGUUGGUAAACCACCCAGCAGAAAGCCUCGUUCCUUGAGUCUAACUUCAUCGAUUUGGAAAACCACUCGGAGGAAAGCCCCGCUCCUUGAGUCUAACUUCACCAACGUUGGUAAACUACUUGGAGGAAAGCCCCGUUCCUUGAGUCUAACUUCACCAACGUUGGUAAACUACUUGGAGGAAAGCCAGUUUCUUGAGUCUAACUGCCCCAACGUUGGUAAACCACUCGGAGGAAAGCCCGUUUCUUGAGUCCAACUUCACCAACGUUGGUAAACCACUCGGAGGAAAGCCGUUUCUUGAGUCUAACUGCCCCAACGUUGGUAAACCACUCGGAGGAAAGCCGUUUCUUGAGUCUAACUGCCCCAACGUUGGUAAACCACUCGGAGGAAAGCCGUUUCUUGAGUCUAACUGCCCCAACGUUGGUAAACCACUCGGAGGAAAGCCCGUUUCUUGAGUCUAACUUCACCAACGUUGGUAAACCACUCGGAGGAAAGUCAGUUUCUUGAGUCCAACUUCACCAACUUUGGUAAACUACUUAGAGGAAACCCCCCCCCCCCCCCAUUCCUUCACUCUAACAAAAGUUCAGCCUUUUCAAGUGAACCUAGAAGAUGACCACUUCUGCCAUGUGGGGAGGCUCAAAAUAUAGUAUUAGCCUAGUUUACAGGCCCGGCUUAUGGCAAACUAAAGUUGGUUGGUGGAAUUACAAGUUCUUCUUCUUUAGUCCUCAGGAACUAUAGUUUGUAAAAUAAUCCCUUUUGGAACACGUUCCCCGCCCACUGAGCCAAAAAUUAAGGAAUAUUAUAUAUAUAUAUAUUUUUGGAAACGUGAUGGAUUGAGACGUGAAUUCCUUCUGUUCUAACAAAGCUUGAUAAAAUUAUUGUAGGGUAUAGAGUUUAGCAAAAUCGAAAUUACAUGGCGGGAGAGCUGGGGAAAAAAUCGGUUUAAAAUCUGAAUCGAGUUGCAAGGGCAAAUUGAUUCAGAUUUUGACCGAAUCGAUUUUUCUUUUUUCAUAGGACUGGCGCUCCACGGACUAGGCCGAAAGCCGCGGCCCUGGGAAAAGGGUGCGAGGACAGACGGCACGGACUAGGCCGAAGCCGCGGCCUUUUCCCAGGAUCGCGGCGAGCUGUGUGCAGGAUUUUUUAGGCAAGGCCGUGGCUUCAGCCUAGUCCGCAGGUCUUUUCCCAGGAUUGCGGUGGACUAGGCCUCGCCUAAA